CUGCCGCUGUCCAAACUGAACUGAAUCGUCAUAGAAAGUUAACCUAUUGUCCGAUCCCAACACAAUAUUUGCACUCACACCACUCGGUGCCAUACACAGGUGCAUAUUCCUUGCACAUUUUAUGUUUUGGGGUGGUUUUGGCGUCCUUAAUUAAGAUGGCGCCUGCAUAGAUACGCAUCGCGACCUACAACCUGUAACCUGCAACGCCAUGAUCUGUCGUGUAUAAUCGUGUACAAAUGGAAAUAAACAUGACAUCUUCAGGACUGAUCUCCGUUAUAAUCGUGCUUUCUCUCUUGUAUAGAGUGGAAGGAAAUGUGAUAAGUCUGGGUAGCAUGCUCGGAUGGCUAGAUCCGCAGCUACAUUCUAUAUUUGGAGCUUAUGGAAGGUUCAAUGGCUACGGUUGUUACUGUGGAAUCGGUGGGACAGGAUUGCCUAAAGAUGAAAUAGACUGUUGUUGUCAGCAGCACGACGCCUGUUAUCAGAGUCUAUCAGAAGAAGGAUCGUGUACAAUCAAAGGAACAUUUAGUCAUCUUUAUCAAUUCACUAAAUACACAGAGGAUGGAAAACCUCACAUCAAAUGCACGGAAUCUGACGACCCAUGUGCCUACGAACUCUGUCAAUGCGAUCGAACGGCUGCUAUUUGUCUAUCUAAACAUGAAUCCAAAUACGAUAUUCAGUAUAAGAAUUACGACCGGAGGACUAAAUGUGAGAGACGGAAAUGGAUGCAAGCUGACUUUUGUCCACUAGAAUAAACAUCUCAAGAAGGAGCGGUACCAGCGUAUUUUUUUUUUUUGGGGGGGGGGAUUAAAUAUAUUACAGGGGUAAUAUAGAGUUCAAUACACGAACAAAAACUUUUUAAAUUAUCUUUUGUCUUCUGCCCUCCCUUUCUUUAUCUGUUAUGGUCUUUCUCGUCUUUCUUCUACUUUUAUUUUACUAUUUGGAAAGCAAUAGAGCCCGGGUGCCCCUUAAGCGCCGCCCCUAAUAUCCAGUCAAUAAACUUUCCAACAUGAAUACCCCCAAUCCAUAUAUCUUUUCUACAAUUCCAUAUACAUUUGAAUUUAACAUGUUGCUCAGCCACACUGACACAACGUAUAUACUCUAAACCGACAGAUGGUAUAUUCCAUUGGAAAUAACGUAGCUGAUCGGUCUGGUGUCGGUUUUUUUAACAGUGUGACUGUUUGCAUGAAAUCAGGGGAGGGAUCUCCCCUCCGGCCCCCAGGGUUCUACAAAUUCACGAAAGUCGGGGCAUAGAAGGACAUAACUCACUGUUGUGGCAUUUUGAGAAAUUUCAUCAACUAAUGAGUAGCGCCAUGGACUGACUAGAGAUGAUAAAGUCUCCAAAUUCAUUUAACAUUAGAGCCUAAAGUUUUAACCCAAUCCAUGUUCGAAAUGCAUACCAAAACAUCAACAAAACAAAAAGGAGUUCUUAACAUCUCAGUCAUGUUAAUGAAGUAAAUAUUUUGCUAACACGCAGUCAUACAUCUGAUUUUCAAACACAACUUUUCUCAAAGUCAUCAUUGGUGUAUAGAAUUCCAGUAUUUAAGGUCUUUGCUUUUUUAGCCACCUUACUAUACCCAUUCACAAGGUUUUAAAAAAGAUUUAAA